AUGGCUAAGGUGAUGCAAGCAAAUUUGCAGCGAUGCAGGCUAGCUAUUGAUCUGCUGCUUGCGCGAAAUCGUGACCACGGAGCGGAUAUGGUCUUGGUUUCCGAACAAUAUCAUGCAGUGUCUGACCAGAUUGGCUCUGUGACUCUUCGGGGACAACGGCAAUUUGGGAUUCCGGGUCGCCUUUCCGGCUCGGUCUUAGGCCCGAAGCUUUGGAUCAUACUAUACGAUGCACCAACAGAAGUACUACUGGAGGGAUUUGCCGACGAUGUAGCGGUGUUAGUGCUUGCGAGGAGCUAUGGCGAAGCGCAGAGAUUGAUGAGUCUUGUCGCGACAAAAGUCGACGCGUGGUUAAGUGAGCAUUUCAUGUCGUGGGCUACAGCGAAGAUGUCGUGGUGCUCACAGCCUAGAGGUCCCCAGUGCGGCCACAAAAGCGGCAACGACAGUGGCAAGUCUCUCUCGGCUAAUGCCAAAUGUCAGGAGACCAAGGAGCAGUCGCAGACGAACUCUUAUGAAUGUUUCCAUGCUCAAUGGAGUGGAGGUCUGGCGGGAGGAAUCGAUCUCUGUCAUGAUGCAUUCUCCCGAACAUUCAGCCGUGUCAAACUAACAUACAACCCAUUGUACUCAUCUGUGAUCAAGUUUUACAACGACAUCGAGAAGCCCGUUAACAUAUUUGAUAUUUUAAAAGUAAAAAGAUACUUUAAAGUGUACAUACUGGCGCUGAAACAACGUUACCGACAUCGAGGUAUAGCCAAAGAAAUGCUAAAAGCAGCAGAAACACUGAGUCGAAGCGCAAACGUGCCAGCUCUAGCGGGCAUAUUCACAACCAACAGACUGCAAGUUGUCGCCGAAGAGCUGGGAUAUAAGAAACUGAAUGAGAUUUAUUAUAUUCGGUAUCUCGUCGAUGGUGAAAUAGUAUUCUGGGACACCGGUCUUGGUAAUUACGGGGCUGCUAUUAUGGCCUGCAGAAUCCCCGACAUCAACGAGCCGGAAGAGCCAAAGGUUGAGCACUCCUCGAGGUUCACAUUGCAACCAAUCGAUGAUGAAGUCGAUGGUGAAGUCGUUGAAGGAAUCGAUGAAGAAGUAGAGGAGCAAUAG